AUGGGAUCGGUCGCGGCACUGGAAGAGGUCUACCAGAUCUACCCAUCAGGGUGGCAAGACGAUCCAGACGAGGAGAGGAUCAAGCUGUCCCUGUUCGACCCCAUCAUCCUGGUCACGUACUGCCAAUUCGCAUUGUACUUCCGCCUCGAUGACGAUGACGAUGACGACGGCGACAGCGACAGCCAUGAACAGCAGAGAAAACGCGAGAGGAUCGCAAAGGUGCUUAAGCUGGGCCUCGCAAAGACUCUGAGCCAGGUCCGCCACUUCUGCGGGACAAUCGAGAAGGACCCGGAGGGCGGGUUCUCGUUCGUGAAGAGGAGGGACACCUCGAUUAAGUACGUGGUCAAGUCUUUAGAGGGGCCUGCAUAUCCGUCUUUUGGUGAUAUCGAAAGGGCCUCGUUCUCGUGCAGGUCUUUGGGGGAUUUGAGCGAGUAUAGCAUAGCCGAGUUGCCGUAUGGCGAGGGCCGGCCCGAGUCUGAUCCCAAUAAUAGCCCUGUGAUAUCAGGCUUCCAGUUGAACUUUGUACGUGGCGGUGCCGUGUUGAGUUCGCAUAUCCACCACUGGGCGACUGAUCUGGUCGGCUGGAGCAACUUUAUCCGCCAGCUUGCUGACAACUGCCGCGCCAUCCACACAGCAAACGCAGACAAAGACGCCACCGCAAGCAUCCAAUGGCCCCCCUGGGACCCGUCCUGCAUAGACCUCAGCCACUACACCGAGCAGCUCCCCACCAGCGCCCUCAUCGACGGCCCUCCCAUCGAGGCCCGACAUCCAGGCCACCCGGAGAAACAACAGACGCUCCUCUUCCACGUAAGCCCCAGCAGCGCCGCCCGGCUGAAGCAAGCCGCGCAACCAGCCGGCAGCGACAAAGAAGAGGACGGGCCCUUGUUGUCGUCGUCGUCAUCCUCAUCCUCCUCCUCCACCACCUGGAUCUCCACCUACGACGCCAUGUGUGCCUUCGCCUGGCGCCACCUGACCCGCGCCCGCCUCCCCUACUACAAGCCCGACCCGAGCUCCCAAGCCCCCUGGUUCGGCGAAGCCAUCAACAUGCGGCCCCGCAUCACCAACCCCGCCCCACCCCGCCGCAUGGCCCGCAACAUGGCCGUAGGAGGGUUCAGCGACGCCCCGGGCCCAGGAGGCCCCUCCCUCCCGACCAUCGGCGACCUGGCCCACGACGCCCCGCUGGCCGCCCUGGCGCAGUACGUGCGGCGCCUGACGAGCAGCGUCACGCAGGCGCACGUCGAGGCGCUGCUGGCGUGGAUCGCCACCCUGCGCGACAAGCAGUCGGCCAGCUUCAACCUCAUGUCCAAGCCGCCCAUGACGCUGUUCGUGACGGACCACCGCGCGGCCGAUGUGAGUGGGUGUGACUUUGGCUUCGGCAGGCCCGUGGUGCAUCGGUUUCUUACGGGAGGGGAUGUUUCGGCUAAUAUGACGCUGGUGUAUCCGCCUGCUGCUGCUGCUGCUGAGGAGGAGGAGGGUUUGAUAUGGUGUAUCAGCGUGGAGGAGGAUAUUGUGCCCACUUUGCUGGCGGAUAAGGAGUUUGGCAAGUUCUUUGAGUACAGAGGACUUGACUGA